AUGUCGAAUGGUUUCGUUGCACCAGAACAGUUCCUUCAUAUGUUCCUUAAGUGUCACAUGUGUAAUAACGAGUUCGACGAAGGACAAAAGCACGCUCGUCUACUUCCGUGCAUGCACUCUCUUUGCUUCGAAUGCCUGAACAAGACCAAAGUCAAUGAUCAGCUGCAAUGUCCAACCUGCACUGUCACUCACUCCGUGAGUAACUUUGAUGAAACAUGUCCACGUGAUAACACAAGACGUGACCUGAUGGAUUUUGUCAAGGUCAAACAUUCGCUCAUUACUGUUUGCUGUAGUGUUUGUCCUUCGGAAAUUGCAACUAUUAGAUGUACGCAAUGUGCGGAGUUUCUGUGUGAUGACUGUCAAAAGGCACACAUGCGUGUUAGUGUGACUAGAAACCACAGCCUGUUUGAAUUAGCCGAGCUUAAGAAGUCCAACAACGUGGAAGCUUUUUGCCGACCAUUGAUGUGUAGCAAGCACCCGGAUACUGCUUUAAAUAACUAUUGCACUAAAACAACAUGCCGGAAACCUGUUUGUGUUAAUUGUGUCAUUGACAGUUGCAGAGAGGCCAACGAUCAUAAAAUUGAAAAUAUUGACAGCGUUGCAAAUGCAAAGAGGCAGCUUAUGAAAGAUCAGAUAUCCAAUGCCGAAGAUGUAAGUAAACAAAUACAAAGCAUAAUCAAUGAGAUUAAAGUUGAACAGAAUAAAAUGUUAAAUAUGGAGAAGUCAGUGGAGGAAGAGAUUGAUAAAACAUUUCGCAAUCUAGAGCGUAUUUUGUGGAAUAGGCAUGCAAAUUUAAAGAAGACCUUAAAAAGCAAUGUUUUGAGCAAACAGAGUCAUCUGAAAGCACAGGAAGACAAUUUAAGGAAACUGAAGUUAGAUAUUGAAGAGUCCAACAAGUUUGCAAACCAAACACUUUCUUCUCCCAGCGCACCAGCUCUUCUUCAGGUGUACCCGACAAUUCAGAAUAAAUUGAAUAAUCUUGCCACACAGUACUUUGAAUAG